AUGGCGGCCGAGGGGAUGGGACCCGGUACGGUCGCCCUUCGUGAGAUCCGUCGUUACCAGAAGAGCACUGAGCUUCUGAUCCGCAAACUGCCAUUCCAGCGUCUCGUUCGUGAGAUCGCUCAAGACUUCAAGACCGAUCUCCGUUUCCAGAGUUCCGCCGUAAUGGCCCUGCAGGAAGCAAGCGAAGCUUAUCUCGUCGGUCUCUUCGAAGACACGAACCUGUGCGCUAUCCACGCUAAGCGUGUGACGAUCAUGCCUAAGGAUAUUCAAUUGGCGCGCAGGAUCCGAGGAGAACGUGCCUAA